GUUGCCUUCGCCGCUGUCUGGCCAUACAUUUUCACUCGCAAAUCACUCCACUGGCCGUAGGACAAAUAAUUCACCAGGGAGUUCCCCAGAGGGCCAGGGCUGGUAACCACCGUUGUUCGCCAAGCUCUCUCAUCCUGCGUUGACCAGUAACAGCAUGUCCGAUAUUCUCCCUGUAGUCUCCCCGUUUACAGCCGUUCCUCCUCUUCUUCAUUCUGUCCACUUCCGUGCGGGCGCUGUGCUGGCUGAAGUGCCACUGUGCGCUCGGUGCUGGCGUUCCCAGGCAGCUGCAGCCAUGAAGAGGAUAGCUCUGGUCCACACGCUGCUGCCGCAUCUGCUACUGCCUUUCCUGUCUCCUGCCAGUUCCCCCGCGGGGGCGGUGCCACUGCACGCAGUGCUCCCUGACGACCAGGCCUGCAGUGGCCCUGUGGGCUGUGAACCCCUUAGCCUGCUCGAGAAGGGAAACCCCGCCGACCCCGUCGUGGUCGUCUGUUCGGAGCGGUACCGAGCCAUUGCUGCCCGGGGACUGGACUGCACGCUGCCCAGCAAGGAGUCGUGGGAGAAGCGGCGGCGGAAUGAGGAGCAGCCUCAGAGCGCCCAGGACGGCGAAGAUGAGCCGUCGUCUGUGGAGCCCACGCAUGCGUUGCUCUCCUGCGGGAACGGAUCUGAAAUUCACAUCGUGAGCGACGAGCAGAACUUCACCAAGUGGAAGAGGACGCUCCAGGACCUCUUGGAGAAUGGGCCGAAGGGCGCGACUCUCAUCGGGAUUGGUCGAAUGGCCUUGAAGUCGUUUCACUUCUUUCAACACGGCAAUAGCCAGCUGUCAAGUUUUUUCAGCCGGGUCGCCCUCAUCACGCUGUAUCCUUUGGGUGAGGAUAGUUUCUUGUGGAAGAGCGACGCAACCUGCCCAACAACCGUAGAAUGCUUCUUCUUCGACAUCUUCCCGGGUGUCUUCGCCGCGGGCGUCAGUGCAGGGUUGCCUGCGUGGACACGCCAGGCGGUUGCGAUCAUCACAGACAGAAGGUCUGCUGACGGCAGCCCUUUUCCUUUCGAUACUGACUUGACCUUCAAGGCUUUUGUCAGCGGUGUUAAAUAUGCAAACCCAGCGCUGGAUGUGAUCACUACCCAGGUCUCCUUCGACAUGUAUUUCCCACAUGAUUCCUUCACCGUCGCCGUGGGCGCUGAGAUUAGGACGCUUAUGCAGCAAGCGAGCGUGAUAUAUUUGGAUAUCUUCUCAGAGUCGAGCCUUAUCGCAGCCCUUCAAGAGAUGCACGAAACUACGAGAGGGUUGAAGGCAGGUUGGGCCAUCUUGCCACCGUGGUUCCGUCCCUACACUGACGACGGUGCCCCCCAGGAACGAUGGAAUAGAGUUGUGUUUAAUUCUGUCAGCGUCGACUGGGCACGUGCUGUGCGCGACAUUAUCGCUAAUCCUGGCCAUCAUGAAAAAUUGACGAUCCAGGACGGCUAUGUUACGACGCUUUGGACCAAGUCGGAACUCGACAGCGACUCGCUUUGGAUGAACGACUUCACGGGCGUUUUCGACAAGCAGCCCAAUCAGCUGAAGGAUUUAUCAAGAUUUCCUUGCGGCCAACGAGACCGCUCAAUUUAUGAGCACAUGAACGUCGCAUGGCAUGGACUUACUGCCCCUGAGAAGAGCACUGAGAGAGCCACAUGUAACGUCAUGGCUAAGGGCUGCAACAUCAAGGAGAAGAGGGAUCUCAAGCUGAAGCAAGGUAAGAUACCCCAGACAUGGCCAGAUAUGUUUUGCAGGCCAUUGCCAGGAUUCCCCAAACGCUGCCAGGGCUCGCCGAUCGAGCAAGACAGCUGUUCUGCGCCCGACGGCGAUGACUCGUCACCGGCGAUGUUGAGACGUGUGGGCGUGGGGCUGAGCGGUGGCGGGAUGUGCCGAAGGCCACUAAAUAUGUAAUGCAUCGCGUUCGGUGCCCACUUACGUGGUGCAAUCUAUGUGGUGCAAUGUAGGUGAAGCGAUCGCUGGACCUUAUGAUCCAGACCGCGCUCUGCGCCGCGCGCAACGUUAAUGUAAAGUUCCCGCCGCACCUUGAAAACGAGAACCGUUCAACACAUUUUCAUUCGGA